AUGGCGUUAAAACCAACAACUUGUAAAGAAGCGAUCGCGCGUUGGGAGAAAAAUAAAGGAGAAGUUGCUGCUGACGCCACGGUCAUAGAACUACAGUUUCAGUGGCCACCCAUUGAAAAGAUGGAUGGCGCAUUAUCAACACUUGUUAGUUGCGAGAAAUUGAGUUUAUCUUCGAAUAUGAUCGACAAAAUAGCUGGAAUAGCUGGAAUGCGAAGCUUAAAAAUAUUGUCACUGGGCAGAAACUACAUCAAAUCUUUAGCUGGCAUAGAAACGGUGGCUGAUACUCUAGAAGAGUUAUGGAUUAGUUAUAAUCCAAUCGACAAAUUAAAAGGUGUAGGAGUAUUGAAAAACCUACGCGUACUCUACAUGUCGAAUAAUAUGGUUAAGGAAUGGGUGGAGUUUAAUAGGCUUCAGGAUUGUCCUGCCUUAAGAGAUCUGGUUUUCAUUGGCAACCCUUUAUGUGAAAAUCAACCGGAUAUUGACACCUGGCGCACCCAAGCUUCUAACCGUUUGCAGCAAAUUACUAAGCUAGACGGAAUUCCAAUAGUCAGAGAUACU